CCUGCUUCUCCCCCCAUGAUCCCCCAGCCCCAUCAUCGUCCCCUCCUUCCUUGCUCCCUCCCUUAAUCUAAGCAGUAUUCGUGAGGGGAAAUUUCUGUGUGGCUCCAUGACUUCAAGAUUUCCAACCAUGCACCAGUUGACUGUGACCAUUUUAUACUGUCCCAGGCCCCAAAGUAAGGUAUCUAUAGGGUCUUUGACUUUGGUAUUUGGGCUUUCCAAACCCAAAUGCAUAUCCAGUAUAUUCAAAGGGAUAAGUGGUGAAUUAACAAGGUGAGUUUUCUCAGGAAGAUCAAGCUCCCAGGCUUGGUGGGGGUAUGGACACUCUCAGAAGAUGCCAACCAAGCCAGUGAUAAUGGAUCCUAAGCAUUCAGUUUCCCAGCAGCCAGUAGCCUGUGUGAGUCCACAAUCUGAUACAAUGCUAAAAGAAGCAGGGCUGAAGAAUGAGUUGCCUGAAAGGAAUGAGCCUUGUGGGAACACCUCAGAGUUUCCUUUCAAUAGACUCUUAAGACUUACAACGGAGGAAAUGAAAUUUAACAUGAAGGUCAAAUCCAUCACCCCCAAACCACCCAGAAAACCAAAGCUGGAGCGAACAUUUUCCUUAGAUGAGAAAGGCUGGAGGAGAAGGCGUUUGAAAACAAGCCAAGAAAGCCUGACAGACCCUAAUGAGACAGGUUCAUCAUCUGGCUCCCUGCGGGAGGUGACUACAAGUCCUCCAACUUUGACUACAUUAGCUCAUGAUGGCAGUCAUACUCCUCACAAUUUCAACAGCCUACAGAGCACCUCUUUGCAGGAUAUUCCUGAACCAGGAGACAUAGGAAAUAGUACAGAUCCCCCUUCCUCCUUGGAAAUUAUUCCUCCUACUGUGACAAGUGGUUCCCUGGAGCUUCUGCAUGGGGUUACAGCUUCAUGGAACAAACUUAGACUUUCCAAAGUAUCGCCACCAUUAGCACUUCCCCCUUUGGAAUUGAAUGUAGCAUCUGAAACCCUAAGGACAACUAAUAAAAUUGACCCAGAUUAUGUAAAUUAUAAGCAUCACACUCAAAGUAAAUUGCUCCGGCCUGAUAGUAGCCUGAGUGAUGGUAGAUUACAAAGCUGUAUGGUUUGUGAUAACUGUUCCACAACCUCUUUGAAGUCCUCAUUCAGCCUUCUUACACCCAUUCACUCAAAGAAUGUCAGAAGCAGGAGCUAUAUGGAAGGAAGCCUCUUAGCUAGUGGUGCCUUGUUGGGAGCGGAUGAACUAACCCGAUACUUUCCAGAUGGAAACUUGGGACUCUUUGUGGCCACAUGGAACAUGCAGGGCCAGAAGGAACUUCCAAAUAACCUGGAUGACUUUUUAUUACCUUCUGAAGCUGACUAUGUCCAGGACAUGUAUGUUUUAGGAGUGCAAGAAGGCUGUUCAGACAGGCGGGAGUGGGAGAUCCGGCUACAGGAAACAUUGGGACCCCACUAUGUAAUGCUGUACUCAGCUGCCCACGGUGUACUAUACAUGUCAGUAUUUAUAAGAAGGGACCUCAUCUGGUUCUGUUCAGAAGUAGAAUAUUCAACAGUAACAACUCGAAUUGUGUCUCAGAUAAAAACCAAAGGGUCAUUGGGAGUCAGCUUCACCUUUUUUGGCACCUCCUUUCUCUUCAUCACAUCUCACUUCACUUCUGGUGAUGGGAAAGUAUCUGAUCGACUGUUAGACUACAGUAAAACUAUCCAAGCACUUACACUUCCUAAGAAUGUCCCAGAUACAAACCCAUAUCAUUCUAGUUCUUUGGAUGUCACAAGUCGGUUUGAUGAAGUGUUCUGGUUUGGAGAUUUCAAUUUUCGACUGAAUGGUGGACGGAUGGCAGUAGAAUCAAUCCUGAAACAGAAUCUGGAGAUGAACAUGUCAGAGCUACUUCAGCAUGACCAGCUUAUUAAAGAAAUGAAGAAAGGAUCUAUCUUCAAGGGGUUCAGGGAAGCAGACAUUCACUUUUUCCCUUCAUAUAAAUUUGAUGUUGGAAAGGACAGCUAUGACAGCACUUCCAAGCAGAGGACGCCUUCUUAUACAGACCGAGUUGUAUAUAAAAGCCGUCAAAAAGAUGACAUCUAUCCAGUCAAGUAUUCUUCCUGUCCUGGAAUCAAGACUUCUGAUCAUCGCCCAGUGUAUGGUCUGUUCCGAGUAAAAGUGAGACCUGGGAGAGACAACAUUCCUCUAGCUGCUGGCAAAUUUGAUCGAGACCUCUAUUUAUUAGGAAUUAAAAGACGCAUUUCAAGGGAACUUCAGAAACAGCAAGCACUUAAAGAUCAAAAAUCCAGUAUGAUUUGUACUGUUUCCUGAGAAAGCUGGCCUUGCAAGAACCUGACGAGCCAUCGUUAAGGGAAGAUCACCCCAGCAGGCCAAAUGAAUACUCCACUCUGUGUAUGAAGAGAACUCACUGAAAAAGACUAAAGUGGUUUUGUGUGUAAUCACCUAUUCCAUCUUUAACAACCCACAAAGACUACCUUAAAAGAACUCUUCUGUUCUCUGUAUCUUACAAAAAAAAACUGUAACACACUGGCUGUGAAAAUUCAAUAAUGGUGUAGUACCUAAAUUAUUAUUGUCCCAGGAAGGACAGUAUCCUGAGAACCAUUUGGAUUUCUUGUAAAUAAAUAAAUCACUCUUCUAUUUGCAGUGCUUCCA